CGUCUAAACAGAGAGAGAGAGAGAGAGCAAAAAUGGCGAUGGCGAUAGCGAUGUUACCGGCGCUAUUCUCUUCUCCUUCGAUUCUAACCAGCAGAAUCAGAUGCGGAGCCACAGCUAAUAGCGGCGGCGCACUCUCAUCUACUUCUUCUGACUCCGAUCUUAGGAGAGGUGUUCCCUUGUAUAAGCCCAAAUCAUACGAGGUUCUAGCCACUGACGCCGCCAAUUCUCUUGCUUUCGCUCUCCAGGAUUCAAAAUCUCGUUUGGAGAUCGAUUUUCCACCUUUACCCAGUAGCAUUUCUUCUUACAAGGGUUCUUCAGACGACUUUAUUGAUGCUAAUAUACAACUGGCGGUGACUGUUGUUCGAAAACUUCAGGAGAAAAUUGAAACAAGAGCUUGCAUUGUUUUUCCUGACAAGCCUGAGAAGCGCAGGGCUUCGCAACGCUUCAAAGCGGCAUUUGAUUCGGUUGAUGGCAUAAGUAUUGGCUCUCUAGAUGAUAUACCUGGUAGUUCUGUCACCAAUUUCUUCAGGUCCAUAAGGAGUACCCUGGACUUUGAUUUUGAAGAUGAAAACGAAGGAACUUGGGAGCCCAAGGAGCCUCCGACCCUUUAUAUAUUUAUCAAUUGCAGCACUCGAGAACUCUCUUUCAUAGAGAAGUUUGUGGAAACCUUUGCCAGUUCAACCCCAGCUCUUCUGUUCAAUCUUGAGCUAGAUACUUUGCGUGCUGACCUAGGGCUUCUUGGCUUCCCCCCUAAAGAUCUGCACUACCGGUUUCUUUCUCAAUUUAUUCCCGUCUUUUAUCCGAACGAGAUGGCAGUGGCACCAUUUGUGUUAAACUACAACGGAGCACUUUUCCGACAAUAUCCUGGGCCAUGGCAGGUGAUGCUUAAGCAACUGAUGGUUCAUAUGCGUGUGUUGCAGAAAGCCCUACUCGUUUCACGCUGGGUGAAACGAAGGAAGAGCUGUUGCAGGUUCUGGGACUACAAGAAGAGAAAGGAAGCUCACUCGAGUUCCUGCGCAGGGGAUACAAGUCGGCAACUUGGUGGGAAGAGGAUGUGGAGCUUGAGGAAUCUAAUUGGCGUAACUGAACGAUGGCCAAGUCAUGGAUUCACACUUUUGAUGGAGAAUAUUGGGUUGUUCAAAGUUCUUUUCCUAUUCGGUCUCUUUGUCUCGGGCCGCAUAGUCUCUGUUUCUUGUCUAAAUUCAGAUGGGUUAACUUUGCUCUCGCUUCGGAAUCAUUUGGACAAAGUACCACCAGAAUUAACUUCGACAUGGAAGACAAACGCAUCUGAAGCCACUCCAUGUAACUGGUUUGGUAUUAUCUGUGAUGAUUCUAAGAAGGUUACGUCUCUCAACUUCACCGGUUCAGGUGUUUCAGGCCGAUUGGGUCCUGAAAUAGGGCAGCUCAAAAGCUUAGAGAUUUUGGAUUUGAGUUCUAACAAUUUCUCUGGAAUUAUACCUUCCAGUUUAGGGAACUGUAGUUCACUUGUGUACAUUGAUUUGUCUGAAAACAGUUUCUGCAACUUUCUUACAGGGGAGUUGCCUAGAUCCUUGUUUCGAAUUCCGGCAUUGAAUUAUCUGCAUGUUGAGCAUAACAACCUGACCGGGUUAAUUCCUCAAAAUGUUGGUGAGGCUAAGGAACUUCUUGAUCUGCGUUUGUUUGACAAUCAGUUUUCUGGUACAAUCCCUGAGUCUAUUGGAAACUGCAGCAAGCUGGAGAUUUUGUAUUUGCACAAGAACAAGUUAGUUGGUUCAUUGCCUGCAAGUCUCAAUCUUUUGGAGAAUCUCACUGACCUGUUUGUUGCAAAUAACAGCCUACAAGGAACAGUUCAGUUUGGUAAAAUCCCUUCAUCAUUGGGUAUGUUAAAGAAUCUCACAAUUCUUAACCUUUCCGAGAAUCGUCUUUCUGGAAGUAUUCCCGCGGAGCUCGGGAACUGCAGCAGCUUGAACUUGUUGAAGCUGAACGAUAACCAGCUUGAAGGCGGAAUACCGAGUGCAUUAGGUAAGCUAAGGAAGCUAGAAAGUCUGGAGCUUUUCGAAAACCGGUUUUCGGGUGAGAUUCCUAUUGAGAUAUGGAAGAUUCAGAGUCUUACGCAGUUGCUAGUUUAUCGGAACAAUCUCACAGGAAAAUUACCAAAGGAAAUAGCCGAGCUCAAGAAUCUCAAGAUUGUGACUCUCUUCAACAAUAGCUUUUAUGGAGUGAUACCACCUGGUUUAGGUCUGAACAGCAACCUAGAGAUUAUUGAUUUCAUUGGUAACAAACUUACAGGUGAGAUACCGCCUAAUAUCUGCCAUGGAAAGAUGUUGACAGUGUUUAACUUAGGAUCUAACCGGCUUCAUGGCAAAAUACCGACAUCUGUUAGUCAGUGCAAGACUCUAAGCAGAUUCAUCCUCAGAGAAAACAACCUUUCAGGUGUUCUUCCUGAGUUUUCUAAGAAUCAAGAUCUUUCGUUUCUCGAUCUGAAUAGCAACAACUUCGAAGGACCAAUCCCUCGUACCCUCGGAAGCUGUAGGAAUCUCACGAGCAUCAAUCUGUCUCGGAACAAAUUCACGGGGAAUCUUCCUAGAGAACUUGAGAAUCUACAAAUCCUUAGUCACCUGAAUCUUGGGUUUAACUUAUUAAACGGUACGGUUCCUUCAAAGUUUAGUAACUGGAAAGAGUUGACCACUUUGGUUCUCUCCGGAAACCGGUUUUCAGGAGUCGUUCCGCCGGAUCGCCACUCUUAGAAAGUAAGAAAACAACUAUUUUGUC